UCAUUGACAGGAAAAAAAGGCAGUUUGUUUCAUGCAAACUUCCCAAAGCUCACAGCACACUGUACCGUCAUGCUUUUACACUGCAUGCAAGAAUAACCCCUCUCCCUAAACUUGGGAUCCAGUUGGUUCCACCAAUUCCACACACUCGGAAGUGCCUGCAGGACAGUGAGUGCACGACUCGGGGGCAGAGUUGGCUGUGGCAGCAGCUGAAUAAGCAACGCAUGAUUUCUGGCCAAAGACACAGUUCCCAAGGUGCGUACUCAUGUGGCCCGGAGCGGCAGGAGUUAAAUAAAGGUUAAUACUUUGAGAGUGGUUCUUCAUAUCGGCUUUUGGAGUCCACUAUUCAUGCAGAGCUCUCUAAACAGUCAUGGCUCUGUGCCUUAACCAAGUGUUCAAUAAAGACAAAACAUUUCGUCCCAGGAAGAAGUUUGAACCAGGAACCCAAAGAUUUGAGCUCUACAAAAAGGCCCAGGCCUCCCUGAAAUCUGGAUUUGACCUUAAGACUGUGGUCCAGUUACCUCCAGGAGAGAAUAUAAAUGACUGGAUAGCUGUGCAUGUGGUGGACUUUUUCAAUAGAAUAAACUUGAUUUAUGGCACCAUGUCUGAGUUUUGCACAGAGAGGAGCUGCCCUAUCAUGUGUGGUGGUCUAAAGUAUGAAUACAGGUGGCAGGAUGAUAACAAGUAUAAGCGGCCUACAAAGGUCUCUGCUCCACUCUAUAUGAACAUGCUGAUGGAGUGGAUUGAAACAUUAAUAAAUAAUGAGGAUAUCUUCCCAACCAGGACGGGUGUCCCCUUUCCAAAGAACUUCCAACAGGUUUGCAACAAGAUCCUCACCAGGCUUUUCCGAGUGUUUGUUCAUGUCUAUAUACAUCACUUUGAUGCCAUCAUCAGUGUGGGAGCUGAAGCGCACGUCAACACCUGCUAUAAGCACUUCUAUUAUUUCAUCACAGAAUUCAGCUUGGUUGACCACCGGGAGCUUGAGCCACUGAAAGAAAUGACUGAGAGAAUCUGCCAUUGAACUUGGAGCCAAGAUAUUUUGUUUUUAUAUAUAUAUAUUUAUAUAUAUAUAUAUAUAUAUAUAU